CAUUUUAUUUUUACUUGUCCAUUAAAAUUUUCAGUUUGGCGAUAUGUUUGGCGCACAUUUGUCGACCCAUCCACUCCACUAAUUUCCUAUUAUCCUGUUAUAUAUGUCCUAUCCACACUCAAGUCAGUUACUCCCACCGAUAAUACUAACUUUCUACAAGCUUUUGUUGCUACUCUUGAAUUCAUCUGGUCAUCUCACUGGGCUUAUGUAUUCAAUGAUACUCCUUUUACUGUCAAUACCGUUAUUAGUUCACCGUCCAAGAAAAUCAUGAAAGCAAGUCAAGAAACUUUUAUCAUUCAAGGUAUCCCCCAUAUUCCUCUACCAUUUAUUAAUACCGAAUAG